AUGCCUGGGGGGUGCGCCCGGGGCCCGGCGCGGCUGCGGCUGGCGCGGCUGGCGCUGGUCCUGCUGGGCUGGGUGUCCUCGUCCGCCCCUGCCCCCUCGGCGCCCUGGUCCCCGACCGCCGCGCCCCUCCCGGCCCACCCCGCGUCCGCGCGGCCCCCGCCGCCCGGGCCGUGCCCCGCGCCGUGCGAGUGCUCCGAGGCGGCACGCACCGUCAAGUGCGUGAAUCGAAACUUGAGCGAGGUGCCGGCAGACCUGCCCGCCUACGUGCGCACCCUUUUCCUCACCGGCAACCGGCUGGCCGUGCUCCCCCCCGGCGCCUUCGCCCGCCGGCCGCCGCUGGCCGAGCUGACCGCGCUCAACCUCAGCGGCAGCGGCCUGAGGGAGGUGCGCGCUGGAGCCUUCGCGUACCUGCCGGGCCUGCGCCAGCUCGACCUCAGCCGCAACCCGCUAGCUGUCCUCAGCCCCCUCGCGUUUUCGGGCCCCAACGCCAGCGCCGCGGCCCCCAGCACCCUGGCGGAGCUGAUCCUGAACCACCGCGUCGCGCCGCAGGUGGACGAGGGCGACAACCGGACCUUCCAGAACCAGAGCUUCGAGGGCACGGUGGCCUCCACCCUGCGCGCCGGCCGGGCGCUGCGCGGGCUCCGCCGCCUGGAGCUGGCCAGCAACAACCUGCUCUACCUGCCCCGGGGUGCGCUGGCCCACCUGCCCGGCCUCCGCUACCUGGACUUGAGCAACAACUCGCUGGUGGGCCUGAGCUACGUGUCCUUCCGCAACCUGACGCACCUGGAGAGCCUCCACCUGGAGGACAACGCCCUCAAGGUCCUGCGCAACGGCACCCUGGAAGAGCUGCAGGGCCUGCCCCGCGUCAGGGUCUUCCUGGACAACAACCCCUGGGUCUGCGACUGCAACAUAGUGGACAUGGUGGCCUGGCUCAAGGAGACGGAGAUCGUGCAGGGCAAAGCCAGCCUCACCUGCGCGUUCCCGGAGAGCAUGAGGAAUCGGGCGCUCUUGCAGCUCAGCCCCGCUGACCUGGACUGCGACCCGAUCCUUCCCCAGUCCCUGCAGACUUCUUACGUCUUCCUGGGCAUUGUCCUGGCCCUGAUAGGCGCUAUUUUCCUCCUGGUCUUGUAUCUGAACCGCAAGGGGAUAAAAAAGUGGAUGCAUAACAUCCGGGACGCGUGCCGGGACCACAUGGAGGGUUAUCACUACAGGUACGAGAUCAACGCGGACCCCAGGCUGACCAACCUCAGCUCCAACUCGGACGUCUGAGGGACACUGGGGACAGAACGAGGACAGCUCUGCAUGAGGCGUAGACUACGCUUUGUCCCUUCCCGGUCUUGCUCCACUUCCCUUUUGCUCGGGACACCUGACUUAGCUGAGCGCGGUGGAGGGAUUAGCUUCCUUGUGUUGAGUUUCUGGGCGUGUUCUGUUGAUGUAAGACGAGGAACAGCUGUUGAGGGCCGCAGUGUCCACUGGCCACUGUGUUCAGCGGGCGUGGUGUCUGACCCUCACCUUUCCUGGGACUCCCCGACGCACGUGGAGGGAUUUUCCGAGUCUGAGCACGGACGUGGACU